CAGUGAGUGUGAGAGAGAGAAACAGUGAGUGUGAGAGAGAGAAACAGAGAGUGUGUUGCAGUGGGGAACAGACUGAGAGACGAGAAGCAACUUGGUUACAAAGUGGACAUCGGAUGAAGAUUGAAACCUCUCCAUCCAUCAAUGGACUGUUAAAGAGCGCAGUGAGACACACCUGUGCAGGUGAACGGACCCUGGAGGAGAAGCUGAUGCGGUGGAGGAAAGUUACCAACUACGGAGAUGCUGUGUUAACUGAGAGUUUACAAACUGUCCGGACCAUUCAGAGCCCUUUCUUUAAUCUGGAUGCUUUUAUAGACGGAUCUCAGUGCACAUAUCGGAUGAGUGGAUAACCAGCUCAGCCACCACGGAGAGAGAGAAUCCUUCCACGACACACAAUCAGCGGCCAGAGCAACUAAAAAUGACGACGUUAUACCUUAUUUUUUGCCUUUUGGUCACAGCAGCCACCCAAGCAGCCUACUUCUCCCAGCAGCCCCAGGACCAGGUGGUUGUAUCCGGUCAGUCGGUGACUCUACCCUGUGUCAUCGUGGGUUACCGGGGAAUGGUACAAUGGACCAAAGAUGGCCUGGCACUGGGUGGAGAGAGAGACCUACCAGGCUGGACGCGGUAUUCCUUAAUGGGCGACCCGCUAUCAGGCGAGCACAGCUUGCUGAUCGAUUCGGCAGAGUUGGAGGAUGAUGCAGUGUACGAGUGUCAGGGUACACAGGCGGCAUUGCGCUCCCAUCGUGCCAAGCUCACUGUACUAGUUCCGCCUUCAGACCCUGUGGUGGAGGGUGGCCCAGUUGUACGUCUGAAGGCCCACACACCACACAAUCUCACCUGCAGAGCCUCAGGAGCCAAACCUGCUGCUGAGAUCACCUGGUACAGAGAUGGAGAGGUCAUGGAGACUGCAAUUUAUUCCAAGAUUCUGCUGGAGGAUGGAAAGAAGGAGGCGGCUGUCAGCAUGCUUCCAAUCGUUCCUGAGGAUAGCGACUCUGGACGCACCUACACCUGCAGGGUUCUUAACCCAGCUGCCCCAGCUGGACGACAGACAUCCAUCACUAUCAAUGUCCAGCACCCUCCUUCAGUGACUCUAUCAGUUCAGCCUCAGACUGUAACCGAGGGAGCCAAGGUUCUCUUCAUCUGCUCUGCUUCGGCCAAUCCUGAAAUCACUGGAUACAGGUGGUCGAAAGGAGGAGUUCCCAUCUCUGAGGCAAACGGGGACAGCCUUGAGGUGACAGUGGACUACUCUUACUUCACAGACCCCGUCUCCUGUGAAGUGUCCAACUCUGUGGGCAGCACCAAUGUCAGCACCCUGGUCGAUGUCCAAUUUGGCCCCAGACUGCUGUCGGAGCCUAAGCCAAUGACGGUGGAUCUAGGGAUGGAUGCAGCCUUUACUUGUGCAUGGACUGGAAACCCUCCUCUGACCCUGGCCUGGACCAAGCAGGGCUCCAGCGUGGUGCUCAGUAAUGGCAACACCUUGCAGCUGAAGGCUGUUACCCAGGAGGAUGCAGGAACUUACACCUGCAAGGCCAUCGUACCUCGGAUUGGAGUUGCAGAAAGAGAUGUCACUCUAACUGUAAAUGGCCCACCUAUCAUCACAGUGGACGCCACGCAGCAUGCCGUCAAGCACUCCAAGGGCAAGCUGGAGUGCCGGGUGGGAAGCAGCCCCCCGCCCGAUAAGAUUGUGUGGACCUUUGGAGAUUUAAGCCUGUCCUCUGGUACCUCCGGUCGUUACUCAGUGCAGACAGUAACCAGCGACCAUGGUGUCCUGUCUUCCCUGGUGCUGUCCGAGACGCUGGCUCAGGAUUUCCAGCUGCGCUACAACUGCACCGCCUGGAACCGCUUUGGCACCGGCACCGCUCUGGUCACACUGAAGGAGCAAGAAGCCCUGCCUAUGUUGAUAAUUGUUGGUGGAGCAGUGGGUGGAGGCUGUGUCCUGCUCAUCUGUGUCAUCACUCUGGUCUCCCUCUGCUGCAGGCACACAGGCAAAGGUGAGCUCAAUGGUAAAAGGUGCACUCGUCUUUCUAAAAGUGACAUUAGAGUUCAGAUUGUUCACAGUGAUCACAACGCUACACGUGGCAAUGAUGAUGAGGAAGAUGUCAAAGAGCCCAUGGCACCGAACAGCAGCGAGUCUCCUGGGACAUCGCGCACAGAACACAGCGACCUCCUGGAAGAGGAGGAGGAUGAGAGAUCAGACAUCAAGGACCCCACCAAUGGCUACUACAAUGUCCGUGGCCAUGAAGACCGCCAUAUCCGUAGCAGUGGCUUCUCUGAAUACGUGCCAAACACUCGGCCAGUCUACACUCCAUCGCAGCUGCCCUCCCCCAGCCCAGUCUAUGGUCAGCAAGGCACCCAGCCUCGUGUGUAUGACUUCUCCCACCGAUACGCAACCACCACAGCAGGCAGAACCGCAUAUGAACAGCAGCAAGCUGCCCAGCAGCAGCAGCAGACCGCCCAGCCAGCCAGCAUUUAUCCCACUGAUCCCCUCUACAGUGGCUCUGCUUACCUACCUGCUACCUAUGGUCGUGCCUUCACCAGCUAUGUGAAGCCCGCUUCCUACGAGAAGGUGGAUGCGUAUGACCAAUCGGAUCAGGCCAGCAAGGUGUCCAGCUCGUCUCGCUUCUCUUAUGCCUCCUCACAAGUAUCCUCCCAGCAGUCUGACUAUGGCCGGCCUUCACAACGUAUGCAGACGCAUGUCUGAUUGGACAAGAAAUUGAGGAAAAGAAAGUACAGGAGCAGUGAGUAGAUAACAAUUGUCACCUCCACAUCGGGUGUGGCUGGACUAACAUGAACAGAGACUUACCUUACUCAGACGGUCCUUGAAGGACAUGUUUGGACAGUAUUUGGAGGGAGCCAUGUGAUUUAUAGGGGUUAUAGGAUAACCAACCUUAAUUUGUUGUGAUUGAUGGCGGGAUCUGUAAAGCUCCUGAGCUGGAGAAUUCAGCAGAUUGUGAUGUUCAACUCAAACUUAUGAUUACAGUGUGAUACCUCACCAGGUUAUCUCUACAUGAUGACCACCCAAACCUGUGGAGAUAUUCUGUCUCUGUGCCAGAGCCAACUAGAAAAUAAAUCAAAUGCAUCUCCUGAAUUUGGGUGGCCAGAAUGACUGGGGUAGCUGUUUACCUGCCUUUCAGAGUUUACUUCGUGUCAACAAUAAAUGUUAAACAAGACCUCUAAAAUACUUUGAAAGUUACAAGCUUAGACAUAUUUCAGGAAAAAAAACAUGAACAACCUACUGUUGUCCGUCAUUUGGUGUUUUGUUGGCAUGCGAAAGGAAUUCUAAGCACAUUUGUGUCUCUAUCAUCCGCAAAAGACCGAGCUAUUCACAGAGACAGACAAACUAUUCUGCACAACAGGCUAGCUCUACUGACCAAGUGCUACAGACACUCUACUGUAUGGAGUUUAAUCAGUGGUUGAAUACUUCUGGCCUGAGCUGUAUUCAUGGAGCUUCUUCUGAUAAUAACCUUAACACUUUGGACUUAGCAGUGUUGCUUGUUGGUGGACAAGAGAAGGAGAUAUGAAGAGAAUGUGAAUUUUAGCUGCCAUUGUAAUGGAUGGCUAUGUGUUAACUGUGUGUUGUACCAAGAUGGACAAGGUAAGGCCAUGAAAACCCAAAGAAGGUGAUAAUUGCAUGGGGGAAAACGGUGGCUGAUCACUGCUGUUCCACCCCUGGUACUGUUUUCUGAUUGUAAAAUGAAUAGGAGGCUAUUACCAGAACAAUCAAAAGUGGUGGUUUGGAAAAUGGUGGCAAUCUUGAACUUGAAAUAAACUUGAAUGCAGCGUCAUCUUCAGCAGGCUCAGUUGGGGAAAGACGUGUAAGGCAGUCCUAAUAUGGACCAUACACUCUCAAGUUUUACAACUCAAACGGUCUAAAAAUGUUUACAAGAAACAGUACUACCCUGAAACACUAAGUAUCUGUACAAAUGGCAGAGCCCAUACUUUCUCUCUCUGUUGCAUGCAAAUGAUGUGUCUAGUGAAAAUCUUCAGCGUUUAUAUUCAUGUCCAUUUCAUGUUUGAGACAUUGGUUUCUGCACCUGGCCCAGUCGCAUUCCACUUCCUGGAUGUUUCAGUAUGGAUGCCUGUACUGCCAUUUGUCUAAAAAGCUGUUACCAGGCAGCCUGACGAGAGAACAAAUGUCUCUUAAAGUGAGGAGGCAAACAUCAUUGCUUGUCCUUAUUUUUAUAUUUUAUAUAAGCCUUAAUGUACAGCGUGUAAGCUGCUCUAUUGUAAAGUAUCUUUAUAUACAUAUGUAUCUAUCUUGGUUGAUUUAUUUGGGUCCACAUAUUUCCUUCUCCAAGUUGUUCAUCAAUCAUUGAAUGCAGUUACAUUAUUUUUUUUUUGGAACACAACUAAUUGCCAUUUGUUUGUUCAUUCUUUUAAUAAUGUAUUAAGAAUU